AUGACGGUCAAACACGGCCACGACUGCCUCGGUGACGCUUUAGAGGUCGUUCCAGACGCCCUUCUCUCUCGGGAGACGAACCUGAGCAGCGCGUUGGUUUCCCUCGUCGGCAAGAUCGAUGGCGAGUCCUUCCUCAGAGCCCCUUCGCAGCCCAUAACUGCUCCGGGACGAUUUGCCGAGCAAACUCUAGCUGA